AUGACCAUCAACCGGAUGGUCAUCGCGGAGCUCUGGUUUGAGCCGCCCGUGUUAGGCAGCAGCUCCCACGAGCCGUCUGUUUUAAACGUGAGAAAGAACGUCAGCAAUCACGCGUCUCCCUCUGAGUUUUCCCUCAUUUUCCCGACCUUCUGUACUCAGCAAGGAAGGCUCAGGGUGUGCACUCGCCACAGCCUUCCCGGCUGGAGUUUGCUAAAUGGGUCCCUGGGAGAUGGAGCCCCACUGUCCGUGCGUGUCACGGGGUGUGCCGGGGAGCUGGGGCGUGUCUGUGUGCACCGGGGCCUGCCAGAACAGCGGCUGCCAGGGCGCCCCGGGCAGCGGGCCACCAGAAUCAUGCCCAGACCGAAGGCGCACGGGCAUUGUUCCUUUUGCAGUAAAAACGACACCAAGUGCCUGUCCGAUUCUUGCCAAAGCAAAUCUACGUGCAAGGAUUUCUCAGAAGACAAGAGCUGCCGCUGUUCAGACACAGCCGUUCACGGGGACAAAGACUGCGGGGAGGAGGAGGACCCCUGCCUCUCCAGCCCCUGUCCAGGACUCGCCACGUGUGUUCGCGUCCCGGGGGAGAGGCGCCCUCUGUGCAGAUGUCCUCCCGGGCACAGCGGGGCCGGCUGCGACACCAGCGCUGGCCCCUGCGGGCCCCGCUCCUGCCUGCACGGGGGCGUCUGCCACCAGGACCCCGGGCCCGCCGUGUGCGUCUGCCCCGCUGGCUACACGGGAAGGUUCUGCGAGCUGGACCUCGACGAGUGCGCGUCCAGCCCCUGCCUGCACGGCGCUGUGUGCCGGGACGGAGGCGACGGCUACUCCUGCUUCUGUGUCCCGGGCUAUCAGGGCCGGCGCUGCGACGUGGAAGUGGACGAGUGCGUGUCAGAGCCCUGCAGGAACGUGGCCACGUGCCUCAACGAGAUCGGACGGUACACCUGCGUCUGCCCGCGCGGGUUCUCGGGUGUAAACUGUGAACUGGAAGUUGAUGAGUGUCGGUCCCAGCCCUGCCUCAAUGGUGCCACUUGUCAGGACGCUGUGGGGGCCUACUUCUGUGACUGUGCCCCCGGAUUCCUGGGCGACCACUGUGAGCUCAACACGGACGAGUGUGCCAGUGGGCCGUGUCUCCAUGGUGGACUGUGCGUGGACGGAGCCAACAGGUACAGCUGUACCUGCACAGGUAGUGGAUUCACGGGGACGCGCUGUGAGACCCUGAUGCCCCCGUGUUCGUCAGAGCCCUGUCACAACAACACCACCUGCGAGGACCGUGCUGACAGCUACACCUGCCACUGCCAGCCUGGUUUCACGGGCGUCCAGUGUGAAACCUACCUCGACAGAUGCGGGAGUGGCCCCUGCCAGGCAGGCGGGCAGUGUGUGGAGCUGUCCUCGGAGACAGGGCGUGAGCGCCUGGCCCAGCUGCAGUCUGCAUCCGGCCGCCCUGAAGCCUCCGGUUACAUCUGCAUCUGUCCACCCGGCCUCACAGGUUAUAAAGAGGAGAUUCUGUCAAAAGUCAGAGGCCACUGCUACGUUGCCUCAUCAGAGGAAAGAACGUGGCUGACCGAUGUAUCUGCAGAUCUGAACAAGAGAGGCAAUAACAUGCCCCAGGAAAGAGUCCACUGUGAAGAGGCCGUGGACGAGUGCUCCUCCAGCCCUUGCCGCAACGGCGGCACUUGUGAGAACUCGCCUGACGGUUACGCUUGCCACUGCCCGUUGGAUCCCCGUUCUGGAGCCUUCUAUGGAGGCAGGGACUGCUCCGAUCCUCUCCUGGGCUGUGCCGAUCGUCCGUGUCUAAACAACGGGACGUGCGUCCCCCACGUCCACGACGGCCGGCACGGAUUCGACUGCCUGUGCCCCGCUGGCCACACCGGGUCACGGUGUGGAACCGUCACCACGCUGUCCUUCGACGGCAGCGGCUUCCUGUGGGUCCCGAGUGGCCCAGCUCCGGCCCGGGACUCAGGCUGUACCGUGGCCCUCAGGUUCCAGACCGUCCAGCCGGCGGCCCUGCUGCUCUUCCGGGGUGACCGGGAUGCGUUUGUGAUGCUGGAGGUGCUGGCCGGCUUCGUCCACUUGACCCUUCAAGUCGGCGAUCGGCCGAAGGUGGUCCUGCUCAUCCCCCAGGAGACCAGCGACGGAGGGUGGCACGCCGUGGAGGCGACGUUUGCAGAGGCGGUGACCCUCGUCCUAGGCGACGACGCUUGCGCGGGGGCGUGCAUCGCUAGCGCUCCUUCUCCGUUUGAACGCGAUGGGCCUUCAGCGUGCGCGCUCCAGAAUUCCUUUCUGGGGGGCUUGCCAGAGGGAAGCGCCCGCAGUGGUGAUGCUCCGCUUCGCGUCUAUGAGAUACCAUCCGCACCUUCGCUCGUAGGCUGCCUCCAAGACGUGCAGCUGGACUCGAAUGCCAUCACCGCGGAGAACAUCUCAUCCGACGCGUCUCUGAAUGUCAGGGCGGGCUGCACCCGAAAGGACUGGUGUGAGAGCCAGCCUUGUCACAACAGAGGACGCUGCCUCAACCUGUGGCUCGGUCACCGCUGUGAGUGCCACCGGCCCUACCGCGGCCGCAGCUGUCACGGAGAGUAUGUGGCAGGCAGAUUUGGCCAAGAUGACUCUCCCGGAUAUGCUGUUUUUCAUCUCGACAAGGAUUACGAAGAGGACCUCACGCUCUCCAUGUUUGUUCGAACACGUCGUCCGUCCGGCUUGCUCCUAGCUCUGGGAAACGGCACUUAUCAACACCUCCGUGUUUGGCUAGAGCAUGGAAGGCUAGCGAUGCUGACUCCAGGUUCUCCCAAAUUAUUAGUAACAUUUGUUCUCAGCGAUGGACACGUCCGCUUGGUAUCUUUGAAAAUCAAGCCAAAUAAAAUUGAACUGUAUCAGUCAUCAGAAAAUCUAGGAUUUCUUUCUGCUCAUACGUGGAAACUCCAAAGAGGAGAUGUCCUCUACGUUGGCGGACUCCCUGACAGGCGAGAGACUGAGAUUAGUGGUGGAUUCUUCAAAGGCUGCAUCCAAGAUAUAAGGCUAAACAACGACAACCUGGAAUUCUUCCCAAAUUCGACGAGCAGCGCAGCCUACAAUGCCAUUCUUGUCAAUGUGACGGAAGGCUGCCCCGGAGACAACCUGUGUGAGCCCAACCCCUGUCACCACGGAGGCGUCUGCUACCUGCUGUGGGAUGACUUCUCCUGCUCCUGUCCUGCCAACACAGCCGGGAAGGUCUGCCAGGAGCUGCGCUGGUGUGAACUCGGCCCGUGUCCCCCUAGUGCCCAGUGCCUGCAGCUGCCUCGGGGAUUCGAAUGUAUCGCAAAUGCUGUUUUGAAUGGACAAAGCCGUGAGAUAAUAUUCAGGAGCAGCGGGAACAUCACCAGAGAGCUGACCAACGUCACGUUCGGUUUCAGAACGAGGGAUGCACAUGUGAUCAUACUGCACGCAGAGAAGGAGCCUGAAUUCCUUCGUAUUCACAUUCGGGAUUCCCGGUUGUUAUUUCAGCUGCGAAGCAGCAACAGCUUUUACACGCUGAGUCUGAAGAGUCUGCAGCCGGUGAGCGACGGCGUGUGGCACCAGGCGACCGUCUCCAUGACAGACCCGGGGGCCCAGGCCUCCAGGUGGCAGAUGGAGGUGGACGGGCAAACGCCUCCUGUGACCAGCGCAGUCGGUGCCGGGAGCCUCGGCUUCCUGAAGGGUGGCACAGACAUCUAUGUGGGUGCCCGAGCUAGCGACAGCACGCGGGCCCCGCGAGGAUGUCUAAGCACGAUCGCCAUCAGCGGCCUCUAUCUCUCUUACUUUGGAAGUGUCCGUGGCUUGAUGAGUAGACCUCAGGAGGGGCGGUUUCUCAAAGUCUCUGUGCGUCCGGUGGAGACGGGCUGCCUGCAGCUCGACGCCUGCCACUCCGGGCCCUGCCUGCAUGGAGGCCGCUGCGAAGACACCUACGGCUCCCACCGCUGCACCUGUCCCGCGGGACGGUCGGGGCCACACUGCGAGCUCGCCAUCGACGAGUGCCUUUCAAGCCCCUGUAUCCACGGCAACUGCUCCGCCCCCGGCGGGGCAGCCUAUCACUGCAGGUGUGAGCCCGGCUUCACCGGUGUGAACUGCGAGUCGGAGGUGGACCACUGCCAGCGUCACCAGUGUGCAAACGGGGCCACCUGCGUGAGUGACGCCACCGGCUACUCUUGCCGCUGUCCCGGAAACUUCACCGGAAGGUUCUGCAGAUACCUCCGAUUGCCCUCCACCGCCUGUGGGAAUGAGAAGACCAACCUCACUUGCUACAACGGUGGCAACUGCACGGAGCUCCAGGGAGAAAUGCAGUGUGCCUGCUGGCCAGGUUUUACGGGGGAACGGUGUGACAUGGACAUCGACGAGUGCGCGUCCGACCCCUGCCUCCACGGCGGCCUCUGCCAGGACCUGCGGAACGGGUUCCGCUGCGCGUGCGCGCUGGCCUUCGCCGGGCCGCGCUGCGAGCUGGACCUGGCAGAUGACUUGCUCUCGGACGUCUUCGCCGCCAUCGGUUCAGUGACAUUAGCCUUGCUGCUGAUCCUCUUUCUGGCAGUGGUGGCUUCUGUUGUUGCCUCCAACAAAAGGGCAACCCAGGGCUCCUACAGCCCGAGCCGUCAGGAAAAGGACGGCUCUCGCGUGGAGAUGUGGAGCGUGAUGGAUGCCCCUGCAGCGGAGAGGCUGAUCUAGGACCACCCUGCCUCUGGAGGAAGAGAUCCAUGCACUGUGAACGAGACACUUGCCUCUGAGUGCUCUUCUGAUGCACCUGGAGACAUCAGUUCACAACCGGGAGAAGAACUCCCUUGACCACCAUACGGAUGUUCAUAGUGGUUCAAGUUGAAAUCAUUGUUUUGUUGUAUUAUAUUAGCCAAUCACAGAAUGGUGUUUCUUGUGCCAAUAGUUUUCGCCUCAUAAUUUAGCAAAAAUGCCUGCCCAAGGACGUGUCUUCUGGGAAAAGCUCCAGUGCCUGACGUCUACAGUCUUCACUCUGUGCAACCUGGGGACGGGUUUUUAGUUUGCCCAUUCACUGGAAACUGCACCAUUUCACACAGAAACUACAGAAGAAGUAGGUACAUUUCUCACUCUUCCUAUCAGGUGGUGAAAGGUUUUAGUUUGUACCAGUGAAGAGAUGCACAUGGUUUGUCCUUCAGUCAUGGAUUCUAGAAAGUCGUGGGAAUAACCUGUGGUUAAAAAGCAGUCCAGUGUCCACAAAUAAAAAUUGAAAUGUGA